AUGAAAAUAAUUUCAUGGAAUAUACGUGGACUAAAUAGUCCACAUAAACAGGAUGUUCUUAGAAAUUUAGUUAGAGAACAUAAACCAGACAUUGUUAUUAUCCAAGAAACUAAAAUGAAUAAAGAGAAAGUAGAAAAGAUUAAGCUUUUUAAGGAUGGGGAAGUUUUCAGUGGAAUCUCUGAUGGUGCUUCUGGGGGCAUUGCUAUAUUUUGGAACCUAAGGCGGGUUUCUGGGGAGCCAGUCAAGCAGGAUAUCAAUCUAGAUUUUAUUAGGUUUCAUCACAUUGGGGAUGGCACCUCUUUACUACUAACCAAUAUUUAUGCCCCUAAUAAUAGAUUUGGUAGAAGAAAAUUUUGGAAAAAGCUGGAAGCUAUUAGGGUCCUUUACAAGGAGGAUAUGUGGAUUGUUAUGGGGGAUUUCAACACCCCCCUCCAAGACAAUGAGAAAUUUGGAGGUGUCCCCUCACAACUAGAAAGUAGAAUGGUUCUUUUGAACUUUAUCAACAACCAGGGUUUGCAUGAUAUUGAGCUUCAAGGAGCCAAGUUUACCUGGAUGAACAGGAGGAUGGGAGAUGAUCUUAUUCAAGUCAGACUUGACAGAGCCCUCAUUUGUAAUGAGUGGUUUAACCAUUAUCAAUGCUCCCUCUUUGCUAUCUCUAGGAUAGGUUAUGAUCAUUUCCUUGUGAUUUUUGUUGCUGAUAACAUUAUUGUUAAAAGAAAUUUCUCGUUCAGAUUUGAAAGGAUGUGGCUAGACCACCCUAACCUUGUGCAGGUCAUUGAGAAGUGGUGGUCUAUUGAUGUCAAAGGUACUGCUAUGUAUAGAAUUGCUAAAAAAUUAAGAAAUGUGAAGGACAAUAUUAAAAAAUGGAAUAAGGAUGUUUUCAGAGAUUUGUUUGCUGCCAAGACCAAAACCGAGUUGAAACUCAAGGAAAUGCAUGAUAAAAUCCAAAUGAGCAGAUACAAUGAAGUCUCAAUCAGUGAGGAAAAUGAAGUGUUGGUGAAGUACCACAAGAUUAUCAUAAGAGAGGAAGAAUUUUGGAAACAAAGGUCUAGAUCCCUAUGGCUUAAAGUUGGGGACAAAAAUACUAGAUUCUUCCAUAUGACUGCGAUGAAAUACAAGGCUGCUAAUAGAAUCUCGAUGCUGAAAAUUGGGGAAACUGAAAUGAGGAAGGAUGAUGAGAUCAAGAAGGAAGCCAGGAACUUCUUUACUUCACUUCUUUUGGCAAACUCUGGUCUGGAUGGUCAGUCUCAGAGCGCCAUCCUUGAGAAUAUCCCUUCUAAUAUUAGUGAGGAUCAAAACAAGGCCUUGGUGGCCAUCCCUUCUGAGGAGGAAGUUAAAAAAUAA